UUAUCACAAGCACAUGCAUAAAUAAAAUAUAAUCCUGCUACAGAGUAUACCAUGGAAUUGGAUACCACACGAGCGAGUGAACAACAGAAUCAAGGUGGACAUAGAUGCGAUGGUGCUUAUUAGUGUUAGAGUGAAUAAUAAGUCCUUAGUCUGUACUAUUAUUAUUACUUGAUAAACAGUUUUUCUUAAGUUUAGUCCAGCAGUCUAACUCCAACCUUGAGAACGCAAGAACAGCUUUGGUCACAUCUUCCAAACCAUUCAUUCAAGACCAGUGCGAACAGUCGGUCUCACAUUCAGUGAUAAGUCCACUCCAAUUUCAACAGGCUGUGGAGGAUUAAACCUCAGAUCAUAAGAUUUAUUUCCUUCUUAUAAAAUCAUUUUUCUGAUAGGCGUCUCUGACUCGGAGACAAAAAAGUGAGACUAACAAAUUAUCACGUAAAAUUAACAAACUGAUUAUUGCAGAGAAACAAAUGUACACAUGUAUUUAACCCUAGUGUAACCUCAAAACCAACACUCGCAACAAAGUGAAUCUGGUCAAACGUUCAACAAUAGAAGACAUUACUUUUUAUACUUUUUACCUGUUACAUAAUCUCAUCCUUAGCACUAAAUACACUUGCAGAAGCGAAUAUACCAACUACCAAUUUGUCACUACAUAUAGGGCAUCAAACGAUCGAGAACUAGACGUAAAAUCAAUCAAAGCUGAUUCCACUAAUUCAAAUCGUGACCAGGCACAGCCUCCUGGCUCUUAAAACGGAAAUCGGCACGGAUUUGACACUCUUGGUUCAUGCAAAGGCUAACAUGCAUCCCGAUAGUAACGACAACACCAGAAACCAAUCAGGCUACAUUUCCUUCAAGCAAAGAAAACCACUUGCUACAAGGAAGGAGGAGGUGGCGUCAAUCAGAACAAAGUUCCCAACAAAAAUCCCUGUGAUCGUGGAAAGGUACCAUAAAGAAAAUUCUCUGCCACCACUCGACAAGACUAAAUUUCUUGUCCCCCAAGAAAUAACAAUGUCUCAGUUCAUUACAAUAAUCAGGAAUCGCCUCCAACUCAACUCACAGCAAGCCCUGUACCUCUUGGUUAGUAACAGGAAUUUGGCCUCUUUAUCUCGACCUUUGACCCAAGUCUACCGAGAUUAUAGGGACGAAGAUGGAUUUCUUUAUGUUACUUAUGCGUCACAAGAAGUGUUUGGAUAAACUUAAUGUCAUUUGUCCAUGCUAUUACAUACCAAUAUUUGGCGAAAAGACGGAUAAGGACGAAAUAUCUGUAUUUAUUAUUAUUAUUACUCAAGACUUGAGCAGCAUCCUUAUAUAUAUAUUAAUAUUGCACGCAUCAUAUUUGUAAAUAUUUAACUCAGUUUUUGGCCAGAAGCAAGUAUAACAAUGGAACAAGCGAAAUGUGACAUCAUCACGAGGCGCCUCGUGACUGAGAUAACAAAAACUUGGUUUUUGAAAUAGGAUCUGACAAAAUGUGAUUAAUAUCCAUAAGAUAUUGAUUAGAAUGCCACUAAUUUAUAUGACCCAGAAUAAAUAUUAUUUCUUUAAUGAUACCUAACAUUACCGGCUGAAUGCAUGCGUAUGAAGAACUUGAUAUCUUGUCAUUUUUCUAGUUUUCUCACGAUGAAUGGAAUAUCAUGGCCAAAGUUUAAGUUUUAAGUUAUAUACUUGUUUGUAAAGGUAAUUAAUUGUAAAAUAUAAAGCCAGUGUAUUUAACCAAUAAAGUGCUUAUGUGCAGGUUUGGAAAACUA